CGCGCGCAACUGCGGGCAUGUCUGUCUCGUGGAUUUUAGACUGAACUGCUUUCACUGACAUAGAUGGUACGUGUGGUCAUUCCAUACCGAUGGGUUAAAGUCUGUCGCUUUGUUGUCGUUUAAAUAACUUGCACUAUAAUAUUUUAAGUUGCAUAGAUAAUUAGCUCACCGUCAGCCUCAACAAGAAAGGAUUAAAUUUGACCACAGGGAGGCAACAGGCAAGUUUAACUCGAAACAACAUGACCCAUACUUGAAUAUUGGUGGGGUUAUGUGCAAACAACAACAACAGGAGAUUGUAAGACACUGUUAUCCAUGAACACACAGACGUAGUCAUGAGAUAUGUUGUGUUCCUCAAUUCUUUAUAGCAUCAGUAUUGUUGUGACAUGGUGGAAGUGAAUACAUGCAAUGAAAGGACUGAGGAUGUUAAGGAGGACAUGAGGACUGAUGGCAGUGGACACACUGUGGAAAAUGUGGCUCGAGAACCGGUCAGUCACGAAACCAAGGAAGACCUGGAAACCCAAACGCAGAAGACCAGAACCUGGAUAUGGUCCGUUGUUUAUCUUUGUUUCUAUGGCUUCAUGGUGCAGCUGAAGCCUGGAGAGCCGUUUAUCACACCAUACCUGCUCAGUACAGAGAAUAACUUCACUAGUGAACAGGUUACCAAUGAAAUUAUCCCGGUCCUCUCAUAUUCCUAUAUGUCCGUUCUGGUGCCUGUGUUUCUGCUGACAGAUUACCUACGCUACAAACCUGUGCUGAUCCUUCAGAGUUUGAGUCAUGUUUCCAUUUGGCUCUUGCUGCUUUUGGGAACCUCAUUACUGGAGAUGCAGUUUAUGGAGUUCUUUUAUGGCAUUACCAUGGCUGCCCGUGUGGCGUACUCCUCAUACAUUUUCUCGCUAGUACCAGCAACUGUUUAUCAGCGUGUAGCCAGCUACUCCCGCUCAUCUGUGCUCAUGGGAGUCUUCACAAGCUCUGUUCUUGGUCAGAUAUGUGUGUCACUAGGGGGCAUAUCAUACAGGACGUUAAGUGCAGUCUCUCUGGGGCUUGUCACUUUUGGGCUGCUCUUGUCCUUCUGCCUGCCAUGGCCCAAGCGUAGCUUGUUUUUCAACCAAGCCCGUCUGGACGAGGAAAGGAAGGAAGCAGCUCAAUCGGAAUUGGCCAGAAUGAAGCCUGAAGAGAAGGAUGGCAGUAUGGCUGCACAAGGCAGUAACCACAAAUCAUCUUCCUGGACAAAUUCAGUGUUUAUUCAGAUGUUGAAGGAGUUAAAGAAUGUUGUGAAAGUACCUAGUUUAAGGCUUUGGAGCUUGUGGUGGGUGUUCAACUCCACUGGUUACUAUUUAGUUGUAUUUUAUGUGCACAUCCUGUGGAAUGAAGUCUACCCUGCCACAGAUAAAAUACAUGUCUACAAUGGAGCAGUUGAAUCUGCCUCUACAUUAUUAGGUGCAAUCACGUCAUUUGCAGCAGGAUAUGUGAAAAUUCGAUGGAAUCUUUGGUCUGAGCUGGUGAUUGGAUUGAUCACUGCGGCACAGGCCGGUCUACUGCUUCUCAUGGGCAUCACAGAUAAUAUCUGGGUUUGCUAUGUGGCAUAUGCCCUGUUCAGAGGCUUCUACCAAUUCCUGGUGCCAAUCGCUAUUUUCCAGAUUGCCUCCUCUCUCACUAAAGAACUGUGUGCUUUAGUGUUUGGAGUAAACACUUUUCUUGGAACAGUCCUGAAAACGAUCAUCACUAUCAUUGUGGCAGAUAAGAGGGGAUUGGCUUUGAAUGUUCAGUCUCAGUUUUUUGUUUAUUUCUUUUACUUCACUCUGCUGACUGUGGUUUAUCUGGGCUGUAGUGCCUUUAUCAUCACAUGUCAUUACCGCAAUCAAAGAGCACAGGAGGAGACUACGGAAGUAGCUAUAGCCACUGAACUUAGUCCCAUGACAACGGCUGCUAGUGAAGGCACAACGGCACAUAAUGGAACCAGCAUUAAGACAUGAGAUUCAAAGGAAUUCUCCAUCUCUUAAACUGUUACUUCAAAAUCAGAACAUUUUAUUAUUUUAAGUAUG